AUCAAACCUCCACACGUUGUGUUUGUGGGCUGUGCUAUUGUCUCUGUGUUUUCUUCUGGGAGUGGGUGGACAGCCAGAUUGGCAAGCCGGGUGUGAAUGAGUGGAAUGAGCAGGAGAUCUCGCUGAUGCCUUCUGUGAUGUGCUUCUCCCCCAGCUCCGGAAGAAAAGGAAGUCAUUAAAGGACUGUAUGGCAAGCUCGCGGAUGCUUACGGCUGCCUGGGGGAGCUCAGGUUAAAGUCUGGCGGCACCUCCCUGAGCUUCCUGGUGUUGGUGACAGGCUGCACAUCUGUGGGCAGGAUUCCAGAUGCCGAAAUCUACAAGAUCACCGCCACCGAUUUCUACCCUCUUCAGGAGGAGGCCAGGGAGGAGGACCGCCUCGCAGCCCUGAAGAAGAUCCUCAGCUCCGGCGUGUUCUACUUCUCGUGGCCCAACGAUGGUGCUCGCUUUGACCUGACUGUCCGGACACAGAAGCAGGGCGAUGACAGUUCUGAGUCGGGGAACUCCUUCUUCUGGAACCAGCUGCUGCACGUGCCCCUGAAGCAGCACCAGGUGAGCUGUGGCGACUGGCUGCUGAAGGUCAUCUGUGGGGCGGUGGCCAUCCGCACGGUGUACGCCUCGCACAAGCAGGCCAAAGCCUGCCUCAUCUCCCGCAUCAGCUGUGAGCGUGCAGGCGCUCGCUUCCACACCCGCGGCGUGAACGAUGAUGGCCAUGUGUCCAACUUCGUGGAGACAGAGCAGACGAUUUACAUGGAUGAUGGAGUGUCGUCUUUUGUCCAGAUCAGAGGCUCAGUUCCACUGUUUUGGGAGCAGCCAGGCCUUCAGGUUGGCUCCCAUCAUCUAAGACUCCACAGAGGCCUGGAAGCCAACGCCCCUGCCUUCGACAGGCACAUGGUGCUUCUGAAGGAGCAGUACGGGCAGCAGGUGGUCGUGAACCUGCUAGGAAGCAGAGGCGGAGAAGAGGUGCUCAACAGAGCCUUCAAGAAGCUGCUCUGGGCUUCCUGCCAUGCAGGUGACACUCCUAUGAUAAAUUUUGACUUCCAUCAGUUUGCCAAAGGCGGGAAGCUAGAGAAAUUGGAGAAUCUACUGAGGCCUCAGCUGAAGCUUCACUGGGAGGACUUUGGUGUGUUCACAAAGGGCGAGAAUGUAAGUCCACGUUUUCAGAAAGGCACUUUGCGGAUGAACUGUCUUGACUGCCUGGACCGAACCAACACCGUGCAAUCCUUCAUUGCACUUGAGGUCCUUCACCUGCAGCUCAAGAGCCUGGGGCUGAGUUCAAAACCCAUCGUAGACCGCUUCCUGGAGUCCUUCAAAGCCAUGUGGUCCCUGAAUGGGCACAGCCUGAGCAAGGUGUUCACAGGCAGCAGGGCUCUGGAAGGGAAAGCCAAGGUGGGGAAGCUGAAGGAUGGGGCCCGGUCCGUGUCUCGCACCAUCCAGUCCAACUUCUUUGACGGGGUGAAGCAGGAAGCCAUCAAGCUGCUGCUGGUCGGCGACGUCUACAACGAGGAGCCGACAGACAAGGGGCGGAUGCUGCUGGACAACGCGGCCCUCCUGGUGACUCCCAGGAUCCUGAAAUCAAUGACAGAGCGGCAGUCCGAGUUCACGAAUUUCCGCCGGAUCCGCAUUGCCAUGGGGACCUGGAACGUGAACGGCGGCAAGCAGUUCCGGAGCAACCUGCUCAGGACAGCCGAGCUGACCGACUGGCUACUGGACUCGCCCCAGCUCUCCGGGGCUGCUGAGUCCCCAGAUGACAGCAGCCCAGCUGACAUAUUUGCCGUGGGCUUUGAAGAGAUGGUGGAGUUGAGUGCGGGGAAUAUUGUCAAUGCCAGUACCACCAACAGGAAGAUGUGGGGUGAGCAGCUUCAGAAAGCCAUCUCACGCUCUCAUAGGUACAUUCUCUUGACUUCGGCACAGCUGGUGGGCGUCUGUCUUUAUAUCUUUGUACGUCCAUACCAUGUCCCGUUCAUCAGGGAUGUGGCGAUCGACACGGUGAAGACGGGCAUGGGGGGAAAGGCAGGGAACAAAGGCGCUGUGGGCAUCCGCUUCCAGUUCCACAGCACCAGCUUCUGCUUCAUAUGCAGUCACCUGACAGCCGGGCAGUCCCAGGUGAAGGAGCGGAACGAGGACUACAGGGAGAUCACCCAGAAGCUCUGCUUCCCCACGGGGAGAAAUGUUUUUUCUCACGAUUACGUGUUCUGGUGUGGCGAUUUCAACUACCGCAUUGAUCUGACUUAUGAAGAAGUCUUCUAUUUUGUUAAACGCCAAGACUGGAAGAAACUUCUGGAAUUUGAUCAACUUCGACUACAGAAAUCAAGUGGGAAAAUUUUUAAAGACUUUCAUGAAGGAGCCAUUAAUUUUGGACCCACCUACAAGUAUGACGUCGGCUCAGCUGCCUACGACACAAGCGACAAGUGCCGCACACCAGCCUGGACGGACAGGGUGCUGUGGUGGAGGAAGAAGCAUGCUUUUGAUAAAACAGCUGGAGAACUCAACCUUCUCGACAGCGAUCUAGACGUCAACACCAAGGUCAGCCACGCCUGGUCUCCUGGUGCCCUCAGGUAUUACGGCCGCGCGGAGCUACAAGCCUCUGAUCACAGACCUGUGUUGGCGAUCGUGGAGGUGGAAGUACAAGAAGUUGAUGUGGGUGCCCGGGACAGGGUCUUCCAGGAAGUGUCCUCCUUCCAGGGUCCCCUGGAUGCCACCGUUGUAGUGAACCUCCAGUCACCAACCCUGGAAGAGAAAAAUGAGUUUCCCGAGGACCUGCGAACCGAGCUUAUGCAGACCUUGGGGAACUAUGGGACAAUCGUUCUUGUCAGGAUCAACCAAGGGCAGAUGCUGGUGACGUUCGCAGACAGUCACUCUGCUCUCAGCGUUCUGGAUGUGGACGGUAUGAAGGUGAAAGGCAGGGCAGUGAAGAUCCGACCCAAGACCAAGGACUGGCUGAAAGGUUUGCGCGAGGAGAUCAUUCGUAAGCGGGACAGCAUGGCCCCCGUGUCGCCUACUGCCAAUUCCUGUUUGCUGGAGGAAAAUUUUGACUUCACAAGUUUGGACUAUGAGUCGGAAGGGGAUAUUCUUGAAGAAGACGAAGACUACUUGGCAGAGGAGCUCGGUCAACCCACGGGAUCCGACAACGAACUUGGUGGGGAUGACCUUGCUGAUGCCCCCAGCUCCACAGCCGUGGCACCUCCCAGCAAGUCACCUGCACUCCCCAAGAAGAAGCAGCAUCCAACCUACAAAGAUGACGCUGACCUGGUGGAGUUAAAGCAGGAGCUGGAAGCAGUUGGGGACUUCCGCCACCGAUCUCCGAGCAGGUCUCUCUCGGUUCCCAAUAGGCCUCGGCCACCUCACCCGCCGCAGAGACCCCCCCCUCCAACUGGUUUAAUGGUGAAGAAGUCGGCUUCAGAUGCGUCCAUCUCCUCCGGCACCCAUGGGCAGUAUUCAAUUCUGCAGACAGCAAAACUUCUGCCAGGAGCGCCUCAGCAACCGCCCAAAGCCAGGACUGGAAUAAGCAAGCCUUACAAUGUCAAGCAGAUCAAAACCACCAAUGCUCAAGAGGCGGAGGCAGCAAUCCGGUAUCUCCUGGAAGCCAAAGGAGGGGCCCCAGAAGAAGCCCCACAUGCCAGGGCCCUGAGGGACCAAGGAUCCCCCGAACCAGAGCCCAUAACUGGGGUGGCCAAGCCGGAACCACCCCAGGUGCCCCCGCUCCUGCCCCGCCGGCCAGCACCCAGAGUUCCUGCCAUCAAGAAGCCAACCUUGAGAAGGACGGGAAAGCCCCUGUCACCGGAAGAACAGUUUGAACAGCAGGCUGUCCAUUUUACAAUUGGACCCCCGGAGGCAAGCCAUGAGACCUCUCCUCUAGGGACAGCCCCUCAGGUCCCUCCUGUUCCCAAACCAAGAACAUUUCAGCCCGGCAAGGGUGCAGAGAGGAAGCCAAGCAGUGGAAGGCCAAUGCCAGGUGAAACUCCAUCCAUGGCAGGAGCCACCGCGUUGCCACCCCCAGAGGCGCCAUCUCUUGUGCCCAAGGUCCCGCCAAGGAGGAAGAAGUCAGCCCCCGCAGCCUUCCACCUACAGGUCCUGCAGAACAGCAGCCAGCUUCUCCAGGGUCUCACCCACACCGGCGACAGCAGUGACAGCUAUCCCUCUGAACACCAGUCUGAUGCAGGUGCUCUCCUUCCACAAGGGCAUUUUCUUGGCACUUCAUCUGCUACAAGCCCUGAAUCCGACAGCACCAAAGGGCUGAAGCCAGAGGAGGCCUCCCUUCUUGGUGAUUAUCAGGAUCCCUUCUGGAACCUUCUCCACCAUCCUAAGCUGUUGACAAAUGCCUGGCUUUCCAAGAGCUCAGACCCCUUGGGGAUAGGGACCAGGAGCCCUGAAAGGGCAGACACAGGCCCAGCGCCAGCCAGUGCUUCACCAGCUGGCACAGAGUUGCCACCAGAACGAGGGCAAAAAACCUUGGGUCACUGGGUGACAAUCAGUGACAAAGACACGAGGACGUCACUGCAGGUGUUUGAUCCACUGGCAAAAACAUGACUGAGCCCCUUUGAAGGCUGCCUUCUUAGAAUGCAUAGCAUCAGGGUCGAAAGAGACGUCUAUAUAAAGGCACACUGGCAACAACGUUUGUGCACCUGUCACUCUUGUGUAGUUGACAAAAAUUGUGUCUCUUAUUCAGUAAGAUUAUUCUUCCGCCGCCGAAAUAUGUUUUACUCAAGACUCAUACAUUUUCGGUUUCCUCUUGGGGAAUGAAAAACCUCCUGUUAAAUUCAGUGUAUGAAUUUUAAGAAAGGAAAUCAAGCUGAGAAGGCCCAAGAAGUUCUCACCCAUUGAAUUUUAAAUGGUUGAUGUAUUUGUGUAUGUGGUGGGUUUGGUUUUUGUGGGGUUUUUUGUUUUUUUUUUUUUUUUUUUUGGUCUUUUGUUUUAUUGUAUUUUACAGAUUUGGAAUCACUUUUUGGUGAGCCACUUGAAGGUUAAUGCGUACAGUAAGGAUCACAUUUAAAGGUCACAGGGAUCGUUAAUAGCUGUCCUGGCCCACUUAAACAGAAUUAAAAUAAUCGGAAUUGAAAGCAGCAAAUAGGUCAAUCGAAUGACUAGACUAUACAUUCCCAUGCGCCCUUGGGUUUAAUUACAUACAUGUAUAUUCACCUUGACUAUGUGUGUGAACCCCAUGGGAGCUAGUGUCACACACCGCUUGGGUACCAAAGCAUGUUCCUUUAGCUUGACUUCAGCAUAAACUGGCUGAGCACUCCUGUACUGUCCUAGACGUGGCAUGUCCUAGAAAUUGCUACAAUCCUGUGCUGCUUCAAUGAGGUUUUAUCCAGCAUCUAGUCCUUAUUGGAUGAAACCUCAUGGAUUCUUCUUUCCCUUUAUACUCCAUACCCCACAACAGCACGAAACAUGAAUGCUCACACUGGCACAUGAUGUCGAUUCCUGUUGUUAGAAUGUGAAGAGUUUCUGUUGCAGCUUCGUCUGCCUGGCUGUCCCUCCAGGAUCUGAGCAUGUUAAGAAUUGCCAGGGCAGCACUUCUGGGCUUGCCUGUCCACAUGUUUCUUAGGUUUCUUUUUUGUCCAUAUAUUUUUCCUAUAUGUUUCCAACACCACUUCUCACCUAUUCAAUAACUGAAAAAGAAAGACAUUAUUCUAUUCUUUGACAUUUUUAAAGUAAUGUUAUGGCUCUCUUCUUAUUUUGCUAACUGAUGAAAUCUUAUUGUGCCACCCCCUGUAUUUAGGGGUGUUUUGUGUCAUAGAGGCAUACAUCAGUGAUGUGUGUUAUCCCUUAUGUGACUCUGGGGAGUUCCUGUUCUAAGUGCUGAUAAGGGUCAUCUUGCCUGGAAUAUCCCACCAAUCAUGCCUCUGGGAUUUCAGAAUUAGUUUUCAUUGUCACUAUCAAGAUAUACUGCAGAUUACUUAAAUCUUGCGCUCAAAACAAAAACAGAAUUGCAAUAUGUAUUUCCUCUCUUCCGAAAACUGGUAAAAGAAAAAAGCAUCAGUGACUCACAGAGCUAAUCAGAUAAUACGUGUAGUUGACCAACCAUAAAAGACAGUGUUUAGGUAAUCAGGACAUCUUUGAUAGCACACAUGUACUGCGUAUGAUUUUUUACCUAUAUAACAAACCAGGAAAAAAUGAUCCUUAAGAGUGAGGAGAGGAAGCAAGAUGGGUUGCUUGGAGAAGCUAAAUGAUAUGCCAGGAUGCAUAUUACUACUCACAGGUACAAUCAGAAAUGAAACUGAAGAAUUCUUCAUUCAAAGGCCCUUUCCCUGUGACCUCUUUUCCUACCAAUAAGGAAUUAAAUUGGAAAGAAGAUAAAUGUAACAACCAGAAAAUCAGAGGGAAGGUAAACUCCACCAAAGUUGUUUGCAGUGCUGGGAAUAGGCCUAACUUUUCGGGGUUUUUUUUUCUUGGUUCUGGAUAGCAAUUAAAUGGUACAGAGAGUAGAAUUUCUGGGAAGAUAGGUGCUUGUCACACAGGUAGGCCUUAAGAGUAUGACAGUAAGCAUUAACACAAAGAAUUGUAUUGAUGGGGCAGGUGAGUCACAAGGAAAAUUAGUUGAAUAUUAAGAAUUGAACAAAUAUUUGAUCAUGGGUAGUCAAAUUUAUAGUGAACAACACAGCCUGGAUUUUGAGUUGGUAACAUACAGUUCUCACACCAGAGUUCUCUUAACAAAAACCAAAAGAGGACAAUUGGAAUUGCCUUAUUUAUUUUUUAACUCAAUCCUUACUAAUUGGAAGGCUGUCCAGGUUAGCAGCAGAGUUGAUUACAUCAUCUUGACAAUAAGCAGCUGCCGUCUUGGGGAUUCCAUUCUGUUUUUGUUUCAGUCUGUCCUUGAUGCUACUUCUUGUCAUGACCUGUAGUUUGUCACUGCUGUCCUCUAACGUGAUUCAGGUCACUGCAGAGUGUUUCAGGUGCAGGACUUUACAGCUCAAUAUUGUCUCUCUGACCCCAGCCAUAUUCUCUUUCAGAGUACAGUCUUCUCAGACUUCUUGUCUAGUUUUUUAAAUUUUCCUUCCAGUAAAUGAUUGAAAUUAGGACAUCUUCCCAAGCAAUCCCUGUAAAAAUUUAAAGUUGUGGAAGUUCAACCCACUUAAAAUUCUCCCUGAUGUGUGUAUAGGUAUAAACAAAGUAAUGUAGUAAAGGAUUCACUUUAUAAUGAAGUCAUUUCAUUGGGAAGGAAAGCUGCAAAGAUUAUGUAUUGGGGGACUAGCAAUUAAUAAAAACUGUAAUAUUUUUGAAGUGAUAAUUUGUACUAAGGUUGUGCAUAAUACCUAUUAAAUGUUUUUUUAAAUUGGGCUUAUUUCUUUUCAAAAA